AUGAGUUUCCUAGAUGAUAAUUAUGGAUACAGCUUGGUAGUAGUUGUUUUGCUUAUAUCUUAUGUCUCUUUCUAGGCCAUUAUUGAGCAUAAAAAGAUACACUUGAUCCACGAAACUGGAUUUGGUAUGCUAAUAGGUCUGAUAAUUGGUGUUUUUUUCAAAUUCUUUUCAAAUAAAAUAUCAUUCUCAGGAGAGAGCUUCUUUGAGAUUAUAUUGCCUCCAAUCAUUUUUGCAGCUGGUUAUAACCUAAAAAAGAAGAAAUUCUUUGAAAAUUUCUUCUACAUUACCUUAUUCGCUGUAAUAGGUACUUUAAUCAACUUUUUUAUUACUCUCUUUAUCACCAAGGGAUUCGAAGAAGCUGGUAUGAUUGUAGAUCUGGAAAAUCAAAAGGUUGAUCUUAACAACAAAGACCUAUUAUAUUUUAGUGCCACUAUGUGUGCAUCUGAUGCAAUUGCAGCUUUAACUCUCAUUAAUAGUACAAUUUACCCCAAGCUAUUUAGUAUUGUCUUUGGCGAAGGUUUGCUUAAUGAUGCUGUAGCCAUUAUCUUAUUCAAAUCUGUAGAAUCAAUUGUUGGAUCUAAUGGCUCAGUAAAGUUAGAUUCAGGAAUUAUCUUGGAGCUUUUUGGUAGCUUUUUGAAAAACUGCUUGCUAUCUGUUUUAAUUGGUAUUUUAAUGGCUAUUAUUGCCACACUGAUGACUAAGAAGUUCCGUUUUUUGGUUUCUGAUCCUAUUAAGGAGAAUAUUUUUUUGCUUUUGAUAGGAUAUGGAACAUAUUGUUUGGCUGAGUUAGUAGAUGUUUCAAGUGUAAUUGCCCUUUUGACUUCUGGUAUUUUAAUGAGUCACUACAUGAGAUACAAUAUGUCGGAAUAUGGCAGAAUCUCCACAGCCAUAACAGUGAGCACUCUUUCUUAAAUCGCUGAAAGUUUCCUUUUCAUUUAUUUGGGCAUUUCUGCCUGGACUUACAUGAGUGAUGUCAACAAAGUUUCAGUUACAUUCAUUGCUAUCAGUUUCCUUAUUACAUGCAUCGCUCGUAUUGGAUGUAUAUUUAUCACUUCUGGUAUUGCUUAUUUAUUCAAGAAAAAAACAUGGAGUGUAAACAUUUAUGAGUUGCUUAUUAUUUGGUUUUCUGGACUAAUUCGUGGUGCCGUUGCUUUUGCUCUUAUUAUUACAGUAGAAAAGGAACUUAAUCCUAUUGUUAUAAGCACUAUUUUGUUUAUUGUCUUCUUCACUACAGUAGUACUAGGAGCUUUUAUGCCAUUCUACAUCAAGUUUUUUAUUAAGAAAAUGAGUUCUUCAGAGAAGAUCAAAAUAAGAGAAUAACUUUUGAGUGAAAGUAAAAGCAGAAAGAAGAAAGAAAAAAACAAAAAGCCCAGCUUAAUAAAGAAAUUAGAUGAGGAGGUACUAAAACCCUUAUUUAUUUAUGACUAUUACAAUAGAAAGUUAGACAUUCAAAUCGAAAAGUAAAAGCAAAAAGAAGAUCAAGAAUUGCAAAUCACUUAAAAUCAAGUGUCCUAAGAUGAAAUUUUAAAUCAAUCCUUCGAUCCUGGCAAUAACCCAGUUCUUUCAGAUAUUAGAUUUUUGUAGAAUCAAAAAGGAUCUUAAAUUUAAAAUGUAGUUCUUGACUUUAAUAAGAAGGGAAAUAACUCAUCAAAAUCAUAUCAAGAUAAUAUAGAAAACGAAGAAGAUCAUGAUAGUCCUUAAAAUUAAUCUAAGUCAAUAAAUUCAAGUUUUGAAAAUGUCAAAAACGAUAAAAAUCAAUGA